UCUUGUAAAAUAUUGUGCGAGAUUUUUUGUAUAAUUUUCCAAAGAUUUUUCAUAAUUUUCAUUUGAAAGUCUUAAUUUAAACAACCUAAGUGCUUAGCAGUUUUUCAUAGUGUUCCAAAUGAUGUGCUAGUUAUCCUACAAUGGCUGGUUUUGGAGAUAUAUCGGGUUAUAACCGGCCAUACGGUCUGGACCCAAACAGGGAAACCAAUGAUUUGUACGAUAGUCGCUAUCAGCAAAUAUAUGGAUACCACACGCCUGUUACUGAGGAGUACCAGGGUCCGCCGUUGGUAAUGGAUGAUUUGGUGGAAGAUGACAACAGUGCUUAUGUCACGACAGCAAUUAGUGUUGCAAGUCUUAUAACUGAAAACUUACUGAGUCAUCCAUUUAUUGUGCUUCGAAGACAGUGUCAGGUGCACAAUGGUCUGAAGAACUACCACAUAGUGCCGUACACGCUGCUGCCGGUGGUGGCACGGCUGCACCGGCGGCAGGACCUCACCACACUGUGGAAGGGCAUCGGCUCCACCUGCAUUGUGAAGGGACUCAACUUGGCUGUUGAAGAUGCUGUGUCCAAGGGCACUGGUUGGCCUAAGGAGAUUGGGAAGUGCGAAUCGGUUUUGCAAUUCUUCCAGCACAUUUCACUUAAAUGUAUAAGUGUGGCAUUAAUAACGCCAUUCUACUCAGCCAGUUUAGUGGAAACGGUGCAGAGUGACAUAGCGAGUGACAAGCCAGCGCUGUUCGACGUGUUCCGAGAUGGCAUGGUUCGGCUGCUGGAGUGGGGCAAGCCCAGCCGCGGCCGCAUGCUGCCCAUAUGGGCCAUCGUCAUGCCCACAGUUGCCCUCAGCAUCUCUAAGUAUAUUUUACACAUAACCCUUCGCUGCAUAACAGUGAAGUGCCUGCGCUUCAAGCAGCGGCACCGGCACGAGCUCAGCGACCCGUACCUGCACUACCCCAAGCAGGCCAACCCGCUGCUCGAGGACAUCCAGCUCAAGGCCAACAUCUUCGCCUUUGUAGCCAUGGAAGUCAUGUUCUACCCUGUCGAGACUAUCAUACAUAGGCUGCAUAUUCAGGGCACAAGAACAAUCAUUGACAACCUAGACACAGGUGCAUCAGUGAUCCCUAUCCUCUCCGGCUACGAAGGUUUUGUGGACUGCUACACCACAAUAGUAGCCAAGGAAGGCACCGCCGGCCUGUACAAAGGUUUUGGUGCCCUAGUGCUACAGCUCGCUGCUCACAUAGCAAUUAUCAAACUGACUACUUGGGUGGUUUGCGAAGUAUCGAAUUUACUGAAACCAGCCAAAUCACCAACUGGCUCAGAUGACUCUGGGCAGCUGCAACAGAAGUACCUGUUCAAUUAAAUCCUAUGGCUAGGUAGUAUUUUUAUUUAUAUAUAAGAGUAAAUUGAUUGGGAAACUCAAGUAGUCACAAUCAUUUAGUUGGCACUCACAUAUUGCAAUAUCUGUUAUUAAUAAAAUGUACUCGUAUGUUACCAAAAGUGAUGAUGAUUUUGUAAGUUUAACUAGUGUUUAAUAAAAUCGAUUGCAUUUGAAUA